AUUACGGUAAACAGAUCUACUGCGAGCUGCUUGUAUAAUUUUCACUCGAUCACUUGACACGACACUCGAUUAGCGUCUGACGUCAGGUGGUUCAACGUUCACUGUCUCCCUAAAACAGUGCAUCCGAGUGUCGUAGCUGUCUGAACCGAGGUGUGCAAUGGACAGUGACAUUCAAGCAAAGGAUAAAGAUGUGCCCGAUGAAAGAGACUCAACAAUGCGAUCUGACUACCUUUCUUGGAAAGAUUAUUUUAUGGGUAUCGCCCUCCUGGCUGCGCAGCGCAGUAAAGAUCCUCGAACACAGGUCGGAGCUUGCAUCGUGAGCGAAGACAAAAAGAUCGUUGGCAUUGGCUACAAUGGUAUGCCAGAGAACAUAAAUGAUGAGGAGGCUCCUUGCCGUGAAGAAAAGAGACCCUAUGUUUGUCAUGCUGAGAUGAAUGCUGUGCUUUUUAGAACCGUUGUGAGUGUUCGAGGCUGUAAAAUGUAUGUGACACUCUUUCCUUGCAAUGAGUGUGCUAAAGUAAUCGUUCAGUCCGGCAUCAAAGAGGUUUUCUACUGCACAGACAAACCUGAAUACACAGUCUCCAAAAAGUUUUUAGAGGACACCAAGAUCGAAUUCACGCAAUUCAAGCCAACGAAAAAGGUUAUUCUCAAGUUUCCUGACCCACAGUAAUCAAACUACGGAAGGUGCAGGCAUCUGAAUGGCUGGCUAGCUUCAGAAAGGUUCCUGGGAACGCACAUUUCCAAAAUCAAUCAAUGACAUCAAAAAUAAAGAAA